AUGAAGAACGAAUUCCUUGAUAAAGUGAAAGACAACGCGUUUGUCCAAAGAUGGUCGGAGAAUGCACAGUUAGAGAAAUGUGACAGUUUGAAAAAGGAGUGCACGUCAGAGUUAUGGGACUUUACUCGCAUUAGUGUGGUUCAGAACGAUCUUCAGGAGUUGAAAGAAUUAUGGAGUCACUGGGAUGAUGAGAUGAAGCAGCUACUCUACUGUAAUUAUGGUGAUAUUCCUUAUCUCCUCGAUGUUAAGGUAGAUAGGUAUUUGUUCCGCGCCAUGGCUCAAUUUUGGAAUUCCGCCUACAGUUGUUUUACUUUCGGAAGGGUGGAUCUAGCACCUACUGUCAAGGAAUAUACAGCCUUGCUUCGUUGUCCGAGGUUUCAAGUUGAUAAGAUUUAUUCUAGAGCUGUCAAUACCCCAACCUUUGUAAAGAGGUUGAUGAACAUCACUGGGAUGAGUGAACAGUGGGUUGAGGCUCGGGUCCAGCAGAAAGGCAGUGGAAAGUGCAUCCCUUGGGAAAAUUUGAGAGAUCUGAUCCAGACUCACCCUGACAUGAAGAAAAGAGUUGAUGUCUUUGCCUUGAGCAUUUAUGGUUUGGUUAUUUUCCCUAAAGCGUUAAGGCAUAUAGAUGAAGCAGUCGCCGAUCUAUUUGACCGAUUAGGUAAAGGUGUCAAUCCAAUUCCUGCAAUCCUGGCGGAGACUUUCAGAUCUUUGAGUGUAUGUCGGAGGUCAGGGGAAGGCAGAUUUAUUGGGUGUGCACAACUCUUGUUAGUAUGGUUUCAUAGCCACUUUUGGAGGGUAGAAAAGGCCACUUACCGACCUUUUUUCGGAGAUUACUCACCUUUGAAGGAGAUAGUGACCAUAUCGAGAAAAGAUGACAUAACAGAGGAAAAAUGGAUGGCGAUACUUCAAAAUCUCCAAGAGGAGGAUAUCGAAUGGAAGACCCCUUGGAUGGUUUCUGAUGAGAUUCUCUACCGAUGUGGGAGUUAUGAUUGGGUCCCUUUGUUGGGGAUUUGGGGAGCCGUUGGAUACGCCCCUCUACUGGUAUUGAGGCAAUAUAGAUCAAGACAAUUUAUACCGAUGACGCAGGGGCUAGCUCAGAGUGGGUUCUCAUAUGGAGAGAAAGAUUCCAAGAAAAAGAGCCGUGAGAUUUAUAAUGCCUGGAACCAAACUUGCCGGAUAAAGGGAGUUGCUGUGAAUCCAAUGGUAACUCCUGAAUAUAACGAAUGGUGGAGUAGAAGGGUUAACGAUAAUAUCCCGAGGCCAAAUUUAGAAGAAGCUCGACCGAUAGAGGAAUAUCUGCGAGUGGUCCCCUCCGAAUUGGAAAUCAUAAAGCAAGACUUCGAAAAGAAAACCUCGGAGUUAGAAAGGAAAAUAGAGCAGUUGGAGGAGGAAAAAGUGUACUUAAAGCUGGAUGUUGAUGUUCAAAAAUCCGAGGCUGAGAAUUUGAGAAAGAGAAAGAGAGAAGUUGAGGAGGACCUAGACAGUCUGAAGACUGAUUACAAGCAGCUGCAUAAGUCAAUGAGAAAUGCUGGUUUGGGUAAAACGUCUGAAUAG